GUUUUACAGACCAAAACGUCAGCCACGUGUAAACGGUAAUGAUGCCUAUCCUAACAAACGACGUGUUCAUGACGAGUAUCCGGUCUCAACCUCAAUACGCUGACAGGAUAACCACUGUUAGAACAAUGAAACUUACAGUUCUCUGCGCAAUUAUCUACAUAUUAUUUUACAACUUGAUUAGCCACAGGGUUUAUGAAAGUUUAAUAGUUACACCUCCAAUUUCAUCUAUCAGAAAUCUGUAUCUAAAACUCGACAAUAAUAGUUUUAACAAAACUAGACAAGACAAGACAAACGAAGAACAUCCAAAUUUAGAAAAUGUGAAGUCUGUUAUUUCAUUAAAAAACAAAAAGCCGCCAAGAAAACCGUCUCAUGUGGAGGAAGCUACAUGGGUGGAAGAUAACAAACAACAAAUAAAAGAGCAUUGUAUCAAAAUAAAACAUCAAAGGGUAUACAUUUAUUCAGCUAUUGUUCACCAAACCGAUUUAGCAGACUUUUCGAACACGAAAGGGUUAAAACCUAAAAAUUUAAUAGCAUUAAACGGCUGGAAGCAUGCGUCUAGUGACCAAAAUCUGAGGUGUUGUUACAUGCAUGAGGAUUACAAGACAAUUAGCUCCGCUGAUACACUCGGGAAAACCGUGCAUUAUGACAAGGUCGAUCUCAAGGACGUGCAAUACAGGUGUCCUCGAACGAUGGACAGUUCAAAACGAAUUAUUGGUGUAACAUUGACUCGUUACAAUGCAUCAUGUCCUACACAUAAAAAUCAUUAUAUCAGACCAGUAGUUAUUGACAAAAAGAAGAAGCUAAAGAUAGGAGUGUGCACUAAAAUAAGCUACGGAACGAUUAAAGCUGGUCCACUAGUAGAAUGGUUUGAGGCCAUGAGAUUUCUCGGUGUUGAUAAAAUAAUUUCUUACAACUCAAACCUUAGCCCGGAAACACAGAAGAUAUUCGACUAUUACAGUGCAAUAGGUUUUCUCGAAAAUCACCCUUUUGAAUUUCCAGAAAAAGACAAAUAUCCCCGGGAAAUUGGCGAGAAAUCAUUUCAAGCAUGGGCGGAUGAACAGAUUGUCGUCGGCGAUUGUCGGCUGAGACUCGAAGCAUUUAAGUAUGCAGUUUUUCUAGAUAAAGAUGAAAUACUUCUACCGAAAUUGCCAAUAAUGGAGAACGCACUGAGGACCUAUUUCGAUAUGCUGGACGACGACAUCGUCGGCCAGAAUUACUUCUCGGAAAUACAUUUAACAGACUGGCAACCGUCUAAUCCGACCCAUCCACUCUUUAUAGGCAAAUACACAGUCAAAUCAGCACCAGUCGAGAAUUCUGUGAAAUACAUGUUUAAGCCACCUUUCUUCUUGACCGGAGGAUGCAAGGCUCACAAGUGCUUAAUGCUUAACGGAACGCGGUAUUAUUAUUUAUUUUAUUUUUCGAUGGGACAUUUAAUUAUUUUUAACGUGUUUAAUAGUUCCAUUGCUCGUUUAUUUAAAAAAUAA